AUGUCCGCAUACUACGGCAAUGAACAGGCCUGGCCCGCUGGCCGCCAGCCUUCCUGGGAGGGCCCCGCCCCGCCCUCGCGCUCCGGCACCAGCUCUACCGUCCAGCGCGAUGAGCCCGCCGCCUUUGCCUCGCAAAUAGAAGAGGUCGAGCGUGCCAUUGACAAUCUGUACAAGAGCGGCAAGAUGCCCAUGUUCGGCGUGCCCGGCAUGCCGCCCGUGCCUGGCGUGCCGCGCCGUGACUCGAUGCCACCGAUGGGCGGUCGCCCGUACGGCGGUGGUGAGUUCGACCCGCGCAUGGCCGGCGGCCAGCGUCACCACUCGGUAAGCGACUACGAUGGCAUUCGCUCCAACUCGACCUCGCAGAACCUCCAGGGGUACUACGCCAACCAGCGCUUUGCGCCGCGUCCCAACGAGACCGACCAAAUGAUGCAGGCGAAGCGGCGCAUGGCUGCUCAGCGGGAACGGGAUCUACGCAACUAUCACCAAGAGCAGCAAUACAACCGGAAUAUCUCGGGAGCCAAGUCCGACCGUUCAAUGUCUCCAAACGCCAUGAGUGAGGACGAGCGCCGUGAGCUCAUCGCGCGCCAGCACCGUGCCCUGUACGGCGAAAACUCCAACCUUUACGCCGACGGGACCGCCCGCCAGUCGAGCCAGGACGCCCGGGUCGCAACGAGCCUCGCUGGCCGGGGGCCCUCGCCGCUCGCCUUCGACCCCUUCGGCAUGCAGAGCAGCGGCGGCGAUCCCGCGGUGCAGAUGCCGGUCCGUGAUGGCAAGGAUGCGAACGCCGGGGCCCAGCGCUCUCGCGCCAACAGCACUUCCUCGCCUUCGUCGAACCCGAAUGCGUCCUUCAGCCUGUUCGACAAUGCUCAGCAGUCGAGCAGGACCUCGACCUCGUCGCCCACGGGCGGCUCUCCUCCUCGCGGCGGCUUGAAGUCGGGAGGAUCUACGGGUGUCGCGCCGAUCGGUACUCGUCCGACGCAGGCCGCAGGCCAGGCUGCGAACCCGGCGCUCAACAAGCGCUCGACUACGCCGCUGCCGUCGCCGUUGAGCUUCGGCUUCACGGCGAGUGACCAGAACGGCAACGAGCGCUCGGCGUCGACGUCGUCCAACCCCUCCUCGAGCGUCACCGACAAGGGUGGUGUCGCCGGCCUCGGCUGGGGCAGCAACAGCGGCGUGUGGGGCUCCUCCAAGAGCUCCCUCGGCGUCCAGGCCUCGGUCUGGGGCUAA